ACAAAUAUUUUAAAGUUUGUUCAUUGGUGUUUCGACUUUCGUUCUAAAAAAGAUUAUUUUAGUGAUUCUUCUGAGUCUCAGAACUUGUGUUUAUAUUUUUGCUCCACUUUGCCUUAUUGGUGACUAUUCGAUAUCAAUUGCAAAUUUUUAACAUAACUGUUUAUUAUUCGUCGCAUCUUCUUUAUAAGUUAGCUUGAUAUAAUGUCACAAAGAAAAUAAACUUGCCAGAGUUGUUUACAAUAUUUCAUUAGACAUUUGUAAUCUUGAAAUAAGAUACAUUUACUAAACAUUGAUUUAAAAGCAUUAUGUGCAUACUGUCAUUGUAAUGUAUCCUAAUAGGUAUUGGGAAAUGAUUUUAUAAUAAGAAAAAAAAGAAUACUUGUAGGUCGAACAUAUAAGCUUUUCUGUGAUAUGCAAAAUAAAUACACGGUCAUAUAAUACUGAUACGAGAUGAAUGAAGAGGAAUUGAAAUAUAUGCUUUGUCUCCUUGAAGACCUAACACCUGAAAUAUAUGAUGAAAUUCAUCAAAUAUAUGACAAUAUUGGAGAGUCAAAGUUGGUUCCACCACUUACAGAAAAUGCAUUGCAAUUCCUUCAACAAAAUUUAAAAAAUAAUCCCGUUACAACAUCUUUAAUUUUAAAUUAUCUUCAAGAAAAUGUAGAUACUAAGGAUGCCCAUAAGAUUCAAGAACUCUAUGUAGAAGUAUUGGAAACUGAAGUAGUGGAGAACAAUCCAGAUAGACUAAUUACAAUAUUGACUUUAGCUAAAUAUGAUAAGUUUUUACCCCAGUUUACAGGCAAAAUUCUGAGUUUUGUCACUGCAGAUACCUUUAAACAACACAGGAAACAGAUUUUAAUGAGCUUGGUACCACAAAAAUUGCCUGAAUUAAUUCAAUCUGCAAGUAAUAUUAUUCAUAACAAAGAGGCACAUAAGGAUUUCAAACUUACAGCUGAAUACAUGAUAGAAUUAUGUUAUGAGGACAAAGUACAUUGGCUAUUGAAAGCUGCACAAAUUUAUAAACAACAAUUGCAUGACAUGAAGACGGUUACAUUUCAAAUAAAUAACUUUACAAAGCAAUUACUCAUAAUGGUGCUAAUAGAUUUAACAAACUGUCCCGAAACAUAUGAUUUAACAUCUCUCGUCAAUCAAUUGACUAAUAUAUUUUCAAUAUUGGAUACUUAUACUUCGUUGGAUAAACAAUUACAAUUCUACUUAACUGAAGUAAAAAGAGAACUUACUUUAAUCAAAUUUUGUUUGGAGAACAAUUGCAAAAUUAUGACCACUUCUAUUUUUAGUCAAGUACUGGUGCAGAGUGCUUUGACUGUUAUAUCUCAAGUAUGUAGGCUUUCUAAAGUGGAUAGAUAUAAAGUGACUCAAUUAUUAAAUAUGAAUAAUGAUUUCAUAUCUGAAUUAAAAGUACUGAGCAAUAAAUCAAUGUGCAAGAAUAAAACAACUGGUAUAAAUUGGGAUAUAUCCAUUUACAACAGUUAUUGCACAAUAACUAAAGUAAUAGACAUUAUAUUGGAUUCAUCAGAGGACUCGACAAAUCCAGAGGAAAUAAAUUGUUCCAUGGAAGACAUUAAACGUCUAGUUCUGUCAAUUCAGCCAUUGCAAAGUUGUAUUGAAGUCAUAGAAAACAUAUUUUCUUGCUUGUUUUUGAGAUAUGAGUAUCUGUCAUGUUAUGAACACAAUCAAGACUUUCCAUGUGGGACACAUUCAGAAUGUUCAUAUUUUUAUUCAAAGAAACAAAGUAAGGCAUCGAAAGGUGUCAAGAGUUUGCACACUGGUUUUAUGUGUAACUCAUUCAUAACGCAAAUCCUUUUAGAUACUUUAAAGAUAUGUUUGGAAAAUUUGACUGAAAAAAAAGAAGUAAUAAAUUGCACAGAUUUGAAUGUCUUGGCUAGAUUCAGAAGACUGGUAGAUGUAGUGAAUCACUCAAUAUGGAAACUGCAACUUGUGUCCUCCCUCUCUCCAAAUUUAAACCCAAUAAAGUUGAAAUUAUGUAUGGAUUAUGUUGAGGUUGAUAUGAGCAGUGAGGAUGAAGAAAGUGAAUUUGAAGUUAAAGUAACUAGGAAAAAACCCAAAGUACGGAGGCGACACACAAAUCCAAAGCCUGAAAUGGAACAAGCCAUGCUCACCUCUACAAUUUCUGCAUGUGACGAAGCUUACAGCAGUAAAACAACAUCAAUUGACUUUAUAUCUAUAAUGUUAGCAAAACCCAAUUGCCUGGUUGCAUUAGCACUAUACCAUAAUGAUUUCCCAAAAGCCAAUCAAAUUUUAGAGAUGUUUGACCUUUCUGAUUCUGAAAUAGCUACUGAAGUCACAUUCACGGAACAAUUAAGGCAUUUGAUUUCAAAACUAAAGAAUAUUGUUUGCUAUCGGGAUUUUUCUCGAUAUCCUACCAAAGAGUUGUCCGCGUUGUCAGUUGUUUCAACAGAAGUAAUGGGUCUUGUAGAAGGAUUUUUAGCUGCAAACAGAGCACCAAACUCUUUUGACAUAAUUGAACUGGGUUCCCGUCAUCCCCAUUUGCAGCUUUAUAAUCACCAGAAUUCUCCAUUUAUUAAUGCUGUAGAUAUUCUAAUCAGCAGUGGUCUCAACAGAGAAAUAACUUAUGGCCUCAUCAAUGUUGUGGAAAGGAAAUUGGCCGAAGUCAGAAGUAGUACUGAUGUUACCUCAGUGAAAAAAAUCAAUUAUAUAAGAUUUGUGGAAGAUAUCGCGAGCGUUACUUUUGAAAUAUUUGGCAACACAGACAAGUCAUUUGAUUUUCCUGAUAGUAUAUGCGCAUUAGUAACAGAUUGUCGUAUUCCCAUAAAACACAAAGAGUUCUGUAAACUCAAUCAAUUAUCCAAAGAACUAAGACAAUGCUGUUUGGAUUUGGAAGAUCUUGUGGUUCCUCCUAAUUUUAAUAAGAAAGAUGAAAAUUUAUUGCAAAGAUAUCAUCAAAUCUACAUGAAUGUGGUGGCAACAUCUGACAAAGAUAUCUGUAAUAUUGCGGAAGUGACACGAAACGGAACAAAAAAAUCUAGAAUACAUUAUCUUAGAAAAUGCUAUAUGUACACAAAAUCCGUUUCGCAAUUAGAACAAGAGAAUAUUCUAAAAGAUACAGCUUCGUCUACCGAUACACCUUACUUUGCAGUACUUGAGCGACAUUUACACGACAUAUUUGGUAAAAUGAUAAAUAAUAAAGAUUUACCGAUAGCAUUCUUGGAACCAAUAUGUAAAAAACUAAAUGUGAAUUUGAUACCCAAGCUCAUCCUCAAUUUUUGCCCUUCCAUUACUUUAGUGGGCACUUCAAAAGAAGCAACUGAAGAAACUUUUAAUACUUUACUGCACAUUGUGUUCGAUUUUAAAAACCCGGAAGAAAAAUUGUUUAUUGACCCUAUUGCUGAUUUUGCGCCCUUACCGCGUACUCCAGAUCCACAAUGUCUUACAUACGUCGUUUUACAUAAUUGGGUAUUGGCACAUAUAAUAAAAAAGAUCCAUACAUCACUUAAUGAAAAUGAUAUGCAGCAAAGUAUUGAUGCGAGAACGAAGUGUUUAAACAAAUAUAUGGAUCUAGAGAGAUUCGACCAUACCAAAGUAUUAUUUAACGGCAACAAAUAUUUGGCGUCUUUGCAUACUUUAAUUGAUCUCAAUAAACUAUUUACAUAUAUGCCAAAAUUAAUUGAGUGUGGAAAAAUAUCACAAUGCUUAAAAAUAAUAGAUGCGCUCUCUGAACGUCAAGUUAUGAGCAGUGCAAACUUAAAUAACUUGAGGGACCUAAUUCUAUUUAAAUUAGCGACAAACUCUAAAGUUAGUCACAAUUGGAAGUAUUGCCAAUAUCUGAAAUGUCCGGAAUUGAAAGUUGAUUUAAUUUUAAAUAAUUUGAAUUGUUGGCCAGCUGAAGGUGCCCUUGAAGUCGUUGACUAUUUGCGUUUCCUUUUCGACAAAACUGCUGUAGAAGACAACCUGUAUAAGAGUUGUACUGAUUGGUUGAUUAAAAUACCUCUGUAUGAACAGAUUGCGUCCAUAAUGGGAUUUAAUCAUUGGUAUGCAAUUUAUGAAAAAUCCAACGAAAAUCCUGAGCAAAUUGUCGAAGUGCUUAUGGAUAGUCAACAGUUUAAAUUGUGUCUGGAUUGGGCUGAUAUUCAUAACGUAACGGAACAUAUGAAAAAUUUAAUAGUCGUGAACUUAUUACGACAGUUAUUUGAGUACUCAAAUCAAGCUACUCCAGCCGCUGUCCAAGAGCUACUCCGACGUCUUUCUACAUCUGAAGCUUUAGACUUAAUAUUAGGCGAAAUGUCUAAAGUCCGAAAUGUAGAAAUACUUGAAGUAUGUCUCGAAUAUAUCAACAGUCAUUCGAAUUCAUGGCGUUCGUUCGAAAACCUGAAAUUCGGCUUGCGAAUUGUUCUUGAAAUGGAUCCGAGUCUGAGACAUCUCUUCUGGGAUUUGAUUGAGAAACCUAUUCUGAUGAUAGAACAGCUGUUGAUGAAUGCAAAACUGGAAAUCCUUACGGAUAUUCUUAAUAAAAUAUCACCAAAUUUGAAGAACGAUCCUAACGGCGACUAUCUAUACUACAACAUGAAAACAAUUGAGACUGUGAUGAUAUCUCAAAAUUCAGUUGAUUCUUUACUGAGAUACUAUGCCGAAAAAGCUUUAGAUAUGAGAAACACGCGAAACACGUGUCCCUCGCCACCAAAGCCCUGGGACGACGCAUUGUUACAGUCGAUAGAUUCAAUUAACUUGGAAGGAGUUUCGCGACCGUUCGUAAUGCCUGAACUUGUACCAGCAAAAGAUCAGUGGGUUGAGGAUUAUACCACGGACAGGUGCAUGUUGUGUAAAAUAUCCAUCUUUUCUAUGAUUAUACGCCGACAUCACUGUCGUCGAUGCGGACGCCUAGUAUGUCACGCUUGUUCGAGAAAUAGGAUGCAGGUGCCGACUUACCCCAGCGGCGUCAAGUUUCGCGUUUGCGACGAUUGUUACAUUCAAACAAUGAAUAAAAAGUCAAGUGCGGAUCAAGAUCACCUAAUAACGAGUAGUAACUCGGACUCGGCUGCCAGCGGUGUUACUUGCAUGGACUGGAGCUUGUCCACAAACGCAAAAAAGAAUGAUGCAGUUCGAGAGGAGUUCAGUUAUGAAUUCACGCCAAAUGUUACUUUGUGCUUGUCUAUUAUGAAAAUGCACACUAUUAACUUGGAUUAUCCGAGGUUCCUGCUCGACCGUAGCGACGAGUUGGCCCGCGAGCUCGCAACCGGCGGGUGCGGAGACUCGCGCUGGCUGGUGCGUGCGCGCCGCUCCUUAUUGCUUGCAGCCGCUGAGCUUUAUUCCAGGACACCUACAGAUAAACCCGGGGGCCGCAUAGCGGAGACGGGCGCGGCGCACGUGUCGCGCUGCCUGUCGCACGCGGAGGCGAUGGCGACGCUGGUGCAGCACCAGGCGCACCACCUCGUGCCGCACCACGGCGCGCAUCCCAGCCAAAUAGUUCGAUCUCUACUCGAAGCAGAAAAAUGGGAACUCGCAUUAGAAAUAGCUACGAAAUCUGGCAUACCGCGGACCAGCGUACUCGCCGCUUGGGGUAAGGCGUGUCUUAAAGCUGGCUGUUUUAGAGAAGCCCGACGGAAAUUCGCUCUUUGUUUUAAAAACGCACCAAAUAUAUGCGUAGAUAUGACAGAAGAGUUAGAAUAUGGUAAAGAGGCAUCAGAAUCUCAUUUUAUGAAUAGAAAAGUGCGCGGUUUGAGAAGUUCUGAUAGAUCUAUCUCGAUGUCGAGUGUGCAGUCGGAGGGCAGAGUGCGCACAAACCCGCCGCUAUUGAACGAAAUUAUUACCAUGCUUGAAGAGAUGAACUAUCCAGUAAACCAACAAUUGUUGGAUAAAGCUGAAACGAUUAAGAGUACGAAUGAAAAGUUAACAUCAAUGAAUACCAGCAAGAAAAAACUGCCCCUUGCCGAACCUGCUUUAAACAUAAUGCACAUGCUGGCUAGCGUUAAAAAAAUAAAACAGGGAGACUAUAGUGACUUUCAAACGGCAACCGUUCCGCAGAAGAAGUCACUGGCUCAAGGUCUUUUACGAAGAAACAAUAACUAUGAGACAAAAGUGGAUUACCAGAACAAAAGACUGGACCCGUUCUUUUAUAGGGAAUGUGUUUAUUAUCUCAGCAAUUAUGGCUCUCAUGUUGCGAACAUAAUGUUUUAUAUGAAACACAGCACUAUGGCCGAAGUUGUAAGAUACUGCUAUGAUAACAUGGUCGAUAAGGAAACGUUCACGGAAUCUGUUUAUAUGGAAUGCCUGAAGAAAGAUAAAGUCAACGAUAUGCUGAAAUCGAUGACCGAAAUGGAUAGUACUUUGGAAAUGUGGUCGGAAUACAUAAUGCACAUAUGCCGCACGCUAGAAAUGAGCAAGCGUCUGGACGCCCUAUACGCACUGCAGUGCGGCAGCGGGCAGCACGCGCGCGCGUCCGCCUCGUGCGCGCUGCUGUACUCGCGGCCCGUCUCCACCGGACCGACGUUCGCGACUCUGCUGUCGCGGCAACACCAUUUGACCGCGGCUUUGCAUCACUUGGGACAGUGUGUUCCGGUUGCGAAUAAAAUAAAUGACCCCAAAUCGAUCCAAUUCCAUCUGGAUAGGAAUACUAUCGACAAUCUAAUGACGACUUUCUCCCGUCAAAUUGAGCUUGCCAAAUACUUAGCGAACUGUGAAGCAUCCAAUAGAUUGACGGAAAGAGUCUUGAAAGAAAUCAUACCGAUGUCGAAUAUGCGCAGAGAAUCAGAAAGCAUAGAUAAUAGGCCAUUGACGCUUUUUGGAUCUAAUACGGAUAAAAUAAAACUUAUCGCCGUGGUUCUGGCUACAGGGCAGUCUAUCGAAAGUGGUUUCGAAUUAGCAUUUAAAAUAAUAACAGAACACAAGCUGGACUCAAUGAACAUUUAUAUCCACGUCGCAAAAUAUUUAGUGAAUGUUGAUAGAUUUAUGGAAGUCAAAACAUUGGCUAAAUGCAUCCGUGCUUCCAAAGAAACUGCAGCAAGUUUAAUGAGUGACCAAGUGUUAGAAGCUGGUGUCUCUGCGGUAGUGAGUCGAUGUGAAGCUCGAGGACAACUGCAUGAUGAACAAGCUGAGAUACUUAUUGCUGAUAUACACAGUGUGACUAUUAAGAUAUCCUGUUACCUCAUAUGCCACAAUGUUAGCAGUGCCUAUAUAUUGGCAGCUCGUAACGAUCGAACCAACGACUUGAGGCGCGUAUUACAAGAGGCCGAGAGGCUUGGCAAUGACCAAGUACGAAAUGCUUGCUUGAAGCGACUCACGUCCAAAAAUACCAAACCGUAAAAUACUUUUAAAAUGUUGUCACUAGUUCUUAAUCAAAAGAUCUUAAUUAUCUGUGAUUUUAUAGCAAGAUGAUUUUAUUUAGAAUCUUGGAGUUUAUUUAGAAUGCAAUUUGACAAAGUAAUAAAAUUAAAAAAGUAUUACAUAACAUUGCAUUAAGGCUGAAAAUUAUUGUAAAAAAAGUAUGCCUUUCAACUUCAAACUAAUAUCUUUUAUCUUUAAUUGAGAUCUUCAUUAUACUUUGUCUAUAUCAUUAAAGAUUUAUUAAUGUUAUUAAUGCAAUACUUUUUUUUUAAGAAAAUAUUUAUCAAAAAAAUUUUACUUUACAUAUCUAGUAACCAAAAUUAUUGUGUUCAUUAAUAAUAUGUUCAGAAAUUGUUAGUUAUCUUUUACAAUAAAUGGUGCAAGUUCUGAUUAUUAUAAAGGAAAUAUAUUAUUUAGUCAUUAUUUUUAUAUGUAUUAACAUAGUAUGAACUGUUUGUGAUAAACUUGGUUAAAAAUGCAUAGGAAAACUAAGUAUUAAUGUUAUUGGAAUAGCUUAUUAGAUAUAUUUUGAAUCAAAUAUAUAAAAAUAUUUAACAUUCAUUAUGUUACAUGUUAAUAAAUAUAUGGUCUCACCUUGUGAUAUAAUCUGUAUUACCGCUAUUAAUGAAUAUAUUAUAAUUGUUUCAAGUAUAA